CCCAUUGGGGAUGAAAAGACCAGGAACCGUGCGUUCAUAACCUCAACCAAUCCAUCUACUCAACCAAUCCAUCUAUACCCUCCUAUGCCUCUCUCACACAAUCGAUCAAUAAACCAGAACUGAAAGCAGUUGUUGAAUUCAAGUGAAUUAGGUUAAAUUACAGGAUUAUCAAUCAAGCAUGAGUUUGAUCAAUCCAAAAACCGACAAGCUUGUGAAGAGAUUAACCAUUGCCGCAACCAUUACUGCCUCCUAUUUUCUCUUAACGGCUGAUUAUGGCCCUCAACCUAAUGCUCUUGACCCGAUUAAAAAGCAGAUACUUUCAGCAAAGAGCACUGUGAAAGACUAUUUUUUGGGAUCGAAAACAGAAUCUAAAGAAAAGCAGUUAGAGAAAUUGGACAGGAACAAGGAUCAUCCAUAGAUUCAUGGUCAUCUUGUACAGGAAUAUUAUUGAGUCAAGGUUUUCUUUUAGCCAUGUGAACUUUGUGAAAGCCUUCAAUCUAAUGGAAUGGUUCAAUAGACUAGAUGCUGAGAAUGUGUAAAAUUUAUGAACUAUCUUGAUUGUGACUUAUCAGCACAACCAAUGUAUUUGGCUAAUGCCUAUCUACAUCUGUGUUGUGAAACCUUUUAUAUGUAAUUGACAUGAUAUUUUGCACAUCAAACAAGCUUAUGCAUCACUCAAAUCCAAGCUUUUAAAAGCUGUUAAUAUAAAUUGGAUUUUCUCUAA